CUGGGCGUAAACUAAUUUUCUGAGCCUGUCGUUUAGUGUCUAACUCUUUUUGAAAAUUUUCAGUUACAUUAAUUUCAAUUUUACAGAGUGAAUUUAAAAAGUAACACUUUCCUAUUGUGUUUUUAUACUGUAGAAGUUGUCCAAUGCUCUUCUUUUGAUAAGUUUAAGUUUUUGCAUUUGUUUUUGAUUUCAAAUUGUGUGUCAAACAUGGAUUCAUUGGAUACUGAUGACCAACUAACGAUAGUAAAUCGUUCGACUGAAUACCGUAUUAGUAAAAAACUAAUUAGUAAAAUACCAUAUUUUGAAAUGAUAUUGAGCCAUGACUGUUCGAAAUUGAGGACAAACAAAGUUACAUUUGAUUUUGAUGAACAAGCAGUGAAAUCGAUCAUGGCUUGGAUUAAACGCGAAACAACUAUUAUCACAAUCGAGAUGAAUUACGUAUUUGAUUUGUACGAACUGGCUGAUUAUUUGGGUCUAGAUGUGAUUUCCAAAGAGUGUUUAAAAUAUUUCGAGGAUAAUUUUACGAUUGAACAUCUUCCCAGUUUUAUACCAAAAGUUACUAAAACAUCUAAAUGUAUAAGCUCUGCAGCUCUUAAUGCUUUCAUCUGCCGUUAUUUCUUGAGGAUAAAAGAUUUAUAUAGUGAUUCUAUCGAUGACUCUAGGAAAGCUUUUUGGCUGGAAUAUCCUAUUGAAACAAUUGAAUAUAUUUGUGCUUUGGAUCUGAUGAUUUGUUCAGAAUAUCAAGUAUUCGACGUAAUCAUGAGAUGGGUCAAUUUCAAGGCUUACUCAAGAAAGUGCCAUCUCGUUGAACUGUUGAAGUUGGUUCGAUGGUGCCAUUUGAGCGAGCAAGAUUUAUCUAAAAUAAAAGAAAAUGGAUUGUUUAAAUCUUCUGGUUUUGAGCCAAUAUUUUGCUCUCCUCGAAAGGUUAAUUGUGAAUGUACCGUCAAUCGAACCAAGCAAAACUUUUUGAUUAUGAUUGAAAAAUGGGAGAGGAACUUAGAUUUUCAUGACAAACUAACGAUAGUAAAUCGUUCUUCAGAAUACAAGAUUAGUAAACAAAAAAUCCGUAAAAUACCUUAUUUUGAAAAGAUGUUGAGCCAUGACUGUUUGGAAACAAAGACAAGCAAAGUUGUUUUGGAUUUUGAUGAAAAGGCUUUCAAUUUAUUAUUACAUUGGAUUGAAUUCGAUAAUUUAAUAGUAGAUAUGGAAUGCUACAUAGCUCUUUAUGACAUCAGUGAUUAUUUUGAGAUAAAUUACUUGAUGCAAAAAUGUAUUGAUUAUUUUAACUCUAACUUUUCCAUGGAACAUCUUCCAACUGUUAUACCUCAAAUGACUGAAACUUCCAUAUUGAUAAAUUCUGGUGCUCUCAAUGCUUUCAUCUGUUUCCAUUUCUUGAAGAUAGCAAGCACAACUGUUUGGUUGGAUUAUCCUGUUGAAACAAUAGAGUACAUUUGUGCUUUGGAUUUGAUGGUUCAUUCAGAAUAUCAAGUCUUCGUGGCGAUUGUCAGUUGGGUCGAUUUUAAUGCUGAUUCUAGAAAUUUUCAUCGUGAAAGAUUGUUAAGAUUAGUUCGAUGUUGUCAUUUAGAAUCGGAAGUUUUAUCUGUAUUAAAGAAAAAUAAAGCAAUGUUCGAAUCAUCAGGUUCCGAGCCAUUUUGUUGGCCUAUUUGUUAUUGUUUCUCUGACAGAGCUAAGCAAAAUUGCUUUAUCAUUAUUGAAAAAUUGCAGGGUACAGAUUUACGAAUCACAGCUCUUGGCAAUAAUUUUCUGUUUCUGUUUAAUCGAGAUAUAAAAUUGGACGAAUCAAUAUCAUUGAAUCUGCUUCAUGAUGAAUAUGUUUCUGAUAUUUUCUACCAUUCUGGAAGUAAAGCAAUUCGAAUUGAUUGGAAUCGAAGAAAAUAUCGUUUUUUCAAUGAUACCGAUUUAAACACCUAUAUUUCUGACACUUUUAAAUUUAUUGGAUUAAAUAAUGAUUCAAUAAAUCGAUGGUUAAAAUAUUGGGAGAGAACAUCUCGCUUCUUGCCUAUCCAUAGCUGGAAAGUCCGGGUAACAGGUUCAGAAGUUAAGUCAUUCCACGGUCAUGAGGAGAAAUUUGAGUAUUUGUUUAAAGAAAUAAUGAGAACUGAUGAUAAAAUCAGAUUAACUGAUUUUCAUUAUCAGGUUAUCAAACAUCGUGUAACUGUGCUGUCCGAUAAUAUAUUCAUCCUGACAAAUGAUUUUGAGUUUGGCAAGUUCAAUGCUCCCGCCAAACAUUUCACGAAGAUCGAGUAUCCAAAAACCAUAGGCGCACAUGUAUGGACUUACGACAAUUUGUAUUUAACUUCAAGCGUAGAUUAUCCUGAUCGAGUUUUUUUGAUUGUCAGGUCCUCAAGAGAUGUCUUUUGUUUCAAUAUUAAUAAUGAAGAAUGGAGUCGUUUUGGCCGUUUGGCAUAUUCUUGUGCUAAACGGAGUCGUGAUUAUGGUCAAGAUGAAUCUAAUAAGUUGAUUACUUUGACGCCAGCUCUUCUACCGUUAAACAUGAUCAAACCAUAACCACAACUCAGUUCAUUGACGAUUUUUAACACAAUUAUCCUUGACUGAUGAUUGUCCUUAGCAAUAAAUUGUUAAAUAAACUAAAAAUGACCCAUUUCAAGUUAACAUGAUUAAUAAUUAAAAUAAUAAAAAUUAUUUGUUUAUUUC